CAUCACUCGUUGUUUCGAUUGUAGAGACCGGAUGGCUGCAGCAUGGGCUCCUUCAUGUCUGCACGUGUCCGCUGGGUCCCUGACGAGGAGCGCACUCAUUGUGCUGACUGCGGGAAGAAGUUCUCCCUCCUUGUCCGCCGGCACCACUGCCGACGGUGCGGAGACAUCUUCUGCAAACAAUGCGCCAAUGUGUUCCGCAAGAUCCCUGAACUCGAGGUGACAGAGAUGGUUCGGGUGUGCAACCGUGGCUGCGACAUUGCCUACGAUGACGGCGUGUACUCGUCGGUCGGAUCUGCCGUGCCUGCUCGGACUGCAUCGCCGGUAUCCUCGGUGGGCAAGUCGAAGAAAAAGAGCAAGAGCAAGGCUGUUACAUCAUCGUCCGAUCUCGACUUUGGUGGCCUUUAGCUCGUCUGGCGUUGCCCGGCUCGCGCGCUCGAGUGCACCUGCUUGCCUCGCCGCACACGUCGCUGCUUAAAACAACAUGACCUCGACGCCUGUGGUCGUUCUUUUACGAGUCGGCGCCGCAGACACCGCAGACGCCACCGUUGACAUCGACGACAGCGCAUCCACCGCAGACGCCGCAUCGCCAGGCGAUGGCGGCGGCGUCGACGACCGUAGCGCCGGUGGCGAUGCAGACCUCAAACGAGCGGUCGCACGAGUUGCAGGACGAGGCCCACGGCGCUGUGCUCGCCCCGCACCCUCCACAGCUUGUCGGCUUGGCCCGCCGGUCGCGCGGCGCGUUACGCUUGAAGACCUCCACCGCCAGCCGCUCGUAUGCCUCGUCAUUGGCGCCGAGGCUCUCGAGCUUGAUAAACGCCAGCGAAGCUU